AGACUUCAAACGCAACCUAUACCAAACCCUGGACAACAACCAUUAUAUUCCAAUAUGUUAGAUUGUGGAACAACAACGCCUUUAGUUGGAGUUGGAGCAUGUGUAUCAAUUCAAUUUACAGUAUUAGAACACAUGAAACGUUAUUUUAAUGAUAGGAAUGUAAAUAAAGAUUUUAUGCUGACAAAUUCACAGUUAUUUUUAUCUGGAGCAGCUGCAGGAAUAGCAAAUUCAGUUAUUUCCGGUCCGAUAGAGAAUAUUCGCACACGCCUUCAAGUCCAAAUCACGCCUACACAAGCAAACUCUGUUAAAAAGCCUAUGUUAUAUUCUGGACCAAUUGAUUGCAUUAAAAAAAUUUAUUCUGCACAUGGAAUGCGUGGAAUUUAUAAAGGACAAUCAAUGACUAUGGCGCGUGAAUUUCAUGGAUAUG